AUGGGUCGCCAAUGUCAGAGUUGGACCUCCCAACAUUCACACCAACACAAUUAUAACGACCCAAGUCGGUUCCCUGAUGCCACAUUGGAAGGUGCGGCGAAUUAUUGUCGUAACCCGGACAGAAAUGUUGGCGGCCCUUGGUGCUUCACUACGUCAGCAGUGCGCUGGGAAUACUGUAACAUAUCUUUCUGUGAGGUGUGCAAUACUACAGCAGCAUUGCAAUGCAUCAACAACGUUGGAGAUCAGGUUGCGCAGGCCAUGGCCAGUCCUUGCUACAGCCUACAUAAAUUCUGCAGAAGUAUACCGGAAACCAUCGCCUGUGUCUCGGAAGCUUUAUUUGGUUGUUCAACACUCCAAAGAGCUUCAAUAAAAGGCACAUUAGACUACGUUCUGAAAGCAAUGGAUGAAGCAUGUCCAAAUGAAACGGAUAUUUCUCCACCCCCAAUAUGUUUACCUACAACCGCCACUACAGCUGCAACAACUACAGCUGAAACAGAAAAAGCUGCAACAGAUACAGCUGAAAUAGAUACAGCUACAACUCAAAAAAUCGCAAUAACAACAAAAGACCUGUCAAUACAAAACCUAACUACAGCGACUACUACAUGUACAUGUUCAUGUUGUGGAUGUUGUUCACCUGUUGACUGCCGGUCAACAGUAAGUACAGCCCCAAACUCCACAACUCGAACUGCGGCUUCGACUACCUUAGCAGAGAAAUCAACUACUUGGACAACAAGCACAACUCAUGAAGCCGAUGGUUCAUCAACAACUGGUCCGACAACUACUGGUAUGACAACAACAGACAAAACAACUGCUGAAACGACAAAAUUAUAUCAAACAACUGCUGGUCUUACAACAGAUCAAACGACAGUUGGUUCUACAACUGUUACAGCAAAUCAAACAACUGUUGGUAUGACAACAACAGAUCGGAAAACUACUGGUUUUACGACAGAUCAAACAACUGGUGGGUUGAUAACAACAGAUCAAACAACUGCAGGUUUUACAAAAGAUCAAACUACUACUGGUAUGACAACCACAGAUCAACUAACUACUGGUUCUACAACAACAACUGCUGGUAUGACAACACCAGAUCAACUUACUGCUGGUUCUACAACAGAUCAAACAACUGUUGGUAUUACAACAACAUAUCAGACAACUACUGGUUUUAUAACAACCAGUGAUCAAACAACUGCUGAAUUUACAACAGAUCAACCUACUGCUGGUUUGACGACGGAUCAAACAACUGCUGGUUUUACGAUGGAUCAAACAACUGCUGGUUUUACGACGGAUCAAACAACUGCUGGUUUUACAACGGAUCAAAGGACUGCUGGUUUUACGACGGAUCAAACAACUGCUGGUUCUACAACAUAUCAAACAACUGCUGGUUCUACAACAGAUCAAACAACUACUGGUUCUACGACAGAUCAAACUGCUGAUUUUACGACAGAUCAAACUACUGCUGGUUCUAUAACAGAUCAAACAACUACUGGUUUAACAACAGAUCAAACAACUGCUGGGUCUAUAACAGAUCAGACAACUACUGGUUCCACAACAGAUCAAACUGCUGAUUUUAUGACAGAUCAAACAACUACUAGUUUUACAACAGAUCAAGCAACUGCUGGUUUUAUAACAAAUCAAACAACUACUGGUUUUACAACAGAUCAAACAACUGGUGAUUUUACAACCCAAGAUCGAACAAAUGCUAAUAUGACAACAACAGGGCAAUCGACUGCUGGUUCUACAACAGCAAAUCAGACAACUGCUGGUAUGACAACAGACCAAAUAACUCCUGGUAUGCCAACAACAGAUCAAACAACUGCAGAUUUUACAACAGAGCAAUCAACAACUGAUUCUACUACAGAUCAGGCAACUGCUGGUAUAACAACAACAUAUCAAUCAACUGCUGGUAUGACAACAACUGAUCAAAUAACUACAGAUCAUACAACAGAUCAAACUGUUGGUAUGACAAAAAUUGGUCAGACAACUACUGGUUUUACAACAGAUCAAUUAACCACUAGUAUUACAACAGAUCAAACAACCACUGGUUUAACAACAGAUCAAACAACUACUGGUUUUACAACAGAUCAAACAACUACUGGUAUGGCAACAACAGAUCAGACAACUGCUGGUUUUACAACGACAAUGCAAACAACUGCUGGUUCUAUAAUAGAUCAAACAACUACUGGUAUGGCAACAACAGACAAGACAACUGCUGGUUUAACAACAGUUCCAACAACUGCUGGUAUGACAACAGAAGAUCAAACACCUGCCGGUUCCUCAACUACAGAUCAGUCAACUGCUAGUUCUACAACAGUUCAGACAACUGCCGGUUCUACAACAGAUCAAACAACUACUGGUAUGGCAACAACAGAUCAGACAACUGCUGGUUCUACAACAGUUCAGACAACUGCUGGUUCUACAAAAGAUCAAACAACUACUGGCAUGGUAUGA